AUGGGAAAUAAAAAGAUUGUCAUUCUUUAUGGCUCAGAGACUGGAAACGCUCAUGAUUUUGCGUGCAUUCUAUCCUACAAGCUGCACAAAAUGCAUUUUCAGCAUGAGCUAUUACCUUUUGGAGAUUAUAAUGUAAAAGAUGUGCUACAAUGCAGAUACAUGUUUAUUAUCUGUUCAACAAUGGGCCAGGGUGAUCUGCCCCGUAACGCUAGAGAGAAUGCCAGUGGAAGUAGCAAAGACACAUUUUGGACAUUUUUGAAGAAGAAGAAUCUGCCACCAGACUUCUUGAACCAUUUGCAAACAGCAAUGAUUGGGUUAGGCGAUUCUUCUUAUCCAAACUUUAAUUAUGCUAUCAGAAAGAUCCAUAGGAGAAUGAUCCAUCAACUAGGUGCCAACGAUAUAUUCCCACGUUUGGAAGCCGACGAGAUAGGAAUGGCAGGUAGUAAUGGAGCAAAUGGUACCGGUGUUGAGUCCGUAUACUUUGAAUACGAGAGACGCGUAUUAAAGUUUUUGCUUGAUAAGUUCCCUACCCGCAAAUUGAAUGGCAAGUGGAUUCAGAGAGAGGCAGUACCAGAUGACAUUUAUUUAAAGCCUACGUUUUCUUUGAGAUUGAGCACGGAAGCUCAAAAUUAUCAGAAUCCAAUAUUUUCAGGUGAUUCCACCAUGAAAAGUGGGAAAGUGGUAUCGAAUAAACGCAUAACUGAUUUUGAUCACUUUCAAGAUGUCAGACAUUUUUCUUUCGAAACAUCCGGUGAGAAGUAUUAUCCAGGUGACACAGUGUCUAUAUACCCACACAAUAAUGAUGCUGAUGUUCAAAAGUUUCUUGAAACUCAGCCUCACUGGUUAGACGUCGCAGAUAAACAGCUAACAAUUGAAGGUGAUUACGAGACUAAUUUCUCUGAUGGAGGUUUGAUAUCACCAAUGUCAUUACGAACACUGGUAAAAUACCACUGUGACGUAAGAAGCAUACCGCGGAGAAGCUUUUUCAUGAAGGUGUGGAUAUUUGCAACGGAUAUCUCACGACUUGAUGGCGGACAGGAACAACUAGAGCAGCAACGUAAUAAACUGCGCCAGUUUGCGCUAGAUGAAGACAUGGAAGAUUUAUACGAUUAUUGCAACAGACCCCGCCGCUCCCUGCUCGAAGUAUUACAAGAUUUUCCGUCUCUAAAGUUGCCCUGGGAAUAUAUGCUUGACUAUCUUCCACUAAUCAAACCAAGACUUUUUUCCAUUUCAAGUGGCCCUUGCAAGGCCGAAAUCGAUUUAACAAUUGCAAUUGUAAGAUAUAAAACAAUUUUACGUCGAAUUAGAAAAGGAUUAUGCACCGACUAUAUUUCCGGCCUUAAAAGCGGCGAUCAAAUUCGUUAUAAAGUUCAAAAUAAUGAGCUUUUAAAGCCAUACAUGAAAAAAAAACCAAUUGUAAUGAUAAGUCCUGGUGUCGGCAUAGCUCCAAUGAGAUGUUUAAUAAGAUCCUGCUUUUUUGAUGAUAUGUAUCUGUUUUUUGGCAACAGAUCACAAACUAAGGACUUUCUAUACAGAAAUGAACUAGAGGCGCUGGCUGAAAGCAAAAAAAUUAGGCUUUUUACCUGUUUUUCUAGAGACCCUCAAAAUUCACCGAAUGCGAAAUAUGUUCAAGAUAUGAUGUGGCUUGAAGGCAAAUUACUUGCAGACUUGAUCCUAGAAAAACAAGCGGUGAUAUAUAUAUGUGGAUCUUCUGGUAAGAUGCCAGUGCAAGUUAGAUUAACUUUCGCAGAAAUUUUGAAGAAAUGGGGAAACUUUGAUUCAGAUGUAAAAGCUGAAAUCUAUUUGAAGGAAAUGGAAAGAAGUGAUAGAUAUCUUCAAGAAACUUGGUGA